AUGACACAAUAUAACAAUCCAGACUUCAGCGAAAUGCAACAAUUCCAGUACAAUCCAUACACGAACGUUCCAAAUAUAUAUCAACAGUAUCCUAACCAAGCGUUCGUUGACAAUAAAUGGAAUCUACAAGAAAAUUUCAACUACGAAGAUUAUAAUGACUACGUCGAAGAUAAUACUUGUGUGUGUGACGAUUGUGAUAAUCUGAAACCAUCUUGCCGAAAUAUGUGUCCCAAUUGUGCUUCAAUACCACCCUUUCCAGGACCUGGCUAUGUAUUUUUAUCGUUUCCUUAUCCUUAUCCUGUAACAUCUAAGCCACGUUCUAAAAAAUCAACAAAAACAACACUUACAUCUACAGUAAUAACCACAAGUGAAGUGACAACCCAAAAAACGACUAAGGGAACUGAGCUUCAGUUCGAAGAACAAAAUGAUGUAGCUUUAAUUGACAAAUUAGAUAAUUCGAAAGUGCCUGACAUCAUCUCUAAACCACUCGAAGUGAAAGAUAAGAGCCAAUACAUGAUGACGGCAUUAAGACGAACCAAGCCUAAUUGGGUACCCAAGUAUGGAAUACUGCCAAUUUCUGACCAAUUUGCGGAGAAAUUGAUGUUACAACUAAGAAGCAUGAAACUGCUUCAUCCGCGUAAAGAUUAUUUACGUAAUGUUGAUAAUAUAAAACUUGUUAAUUAG